UAUAUAAAAGAGACAUUGUGCCUGUAUUUUCUUCACAACCAAAACCCAGUAGCAUAAUGGAUAUCCAGCUUCUUACAUUUAACUUCAUUAGUAUCUUUCUUUUUAUAUUUUUCAUCUCCUUCUUCAUUAAGGGGUGGAAGAAGCCGAAGCAUCAAAAGUUGCCUCCUGGUCCACGGAAGCUACCGAUGCUCGGACACCUUCACCUCUUGACGGGCGCCCUCCCACACGAAUCACUAAGCAAUUUAGCUAAAAAAUAUGGGCCAAUCAUGCAUCUGAAGCUCGGUGAAGUCUCCUCAAUCGUCAUAUCCUCACGUGAAAUUGCUAAAAAGGUUCUCACUGUUAAUGAUCUUGCUUGUGCUGAUAGGCCGGAAAGUAUUGGAAUGAAAACUCUGUGGUAUGAUUACACGGAUCUUGCCUUUAGUCCAUAUAAUGCCUAUUGGAGGCAAAUGCGAAAAUUGUGCAUUAUGGAGCUCCUAAGUAACAAAAACGUCCGGUCCUUCAGCUCUAUAAGGCUAGAUGAGACUUCGAGCUUAAUAAAAUCCAUUCAGUCGUCUCAUGGAGAACCAAUCAAUAUCACCGACAAAAUAUUCUCAUUUACAAGUAACGUCACAUCCAGAGCAGCAUUCGGUGAGAUACUGAGAAACCAAGAUACUUUGAUAAUGUUCAUGAAGAAAGGAGUAGUUUUGGCUGGGGGGUUUGAAUUGGCUGAUUUUUACCCCUCCUUAAAGUUUCUACAGCUCAUUAGUUGGAAUAAGCAUAAAUUGUUGAAGAUGCGCCGUCAACUAGAUUCAAUACUUGACGUUGUUGUCGAUGAGCAUAAACGCAAACUAGCAACAGGGAAAAUAGACAAUGAAGAAUCAGGUGGUAACAACAUAGUAGACGUUCUACUCAGAUUACAACAAGGUGGGAACCUUGACGUUCCAAUUACGGAUGACAACAUCAAAGCAAUGAUUUUUGACAUGUUCACUGCUGGAACUGAAACUUCAUCCACAACACUUGAUUGGGCAAUGGCGGAGUUGAUGAAAAAUCCAGAUGUGAUGGCAAAGGCACAAGAUGAAGUAAGGCAAGUCUGUAAAGGGAAGAAGACUAUUGAGGAAAGUGACGUUCAAAAACUCAAAUAUCUAAAGUUAGUAAUCAAGGAAAAUUUUAGAAUACACCCUGCCGUUACUUUACUCCCAAGAGCAUGUAGGGAAGAAUGUGAAGUUGAUGGGUAUACUAUACCCGUCAAAGCAAGAGUUACCGUUAAUAUUUGGGCUUUGGGAAGAGAUCCAGAAUAUUGGGUAGAACCAGAAAAGUUUAAGCCAGAGAGGUUUGAGAACAGUUCUGUUGAUUUCUUGGGAAAUAACUUCGAAUAUCUUCCGUUUGGAUCAGGAAGGAGGUUUUGUCCAGGCAUGAACUUUGGCUUGGCAAAUAUUGAUCUUCCUUUAGCUCAACUUCUCUAUCACUUUCACUGGAAACUUCCUAACGGAAUGAGUCCUGAAGAUCUUGACAUGACUGAGGUAUCAGGAAUAAGUGUACAGAGGAAAAACAGCCUUUACUUGAUUGCCAAACCUUACAACCCUCCUGUUGAUGGUUAAUUAAUCCCAAUUCUUGGUGCUAAUAAUGAAGCUUCACUGUUUGAAUUUUUCUGUUAAAAGCAUAGAAAUUUAUUUGUUAUUUAGUGUAUGCUUCUUCACCAUGGUGAUCUUGUAUUUGUAUUCAUGUACGGGCUCAGUUUUUAUCCUUACAAUAAUGUUUAGAAUUUAGUAUUCAUACCGAGAUGCUGUCAUUAUUCAACUUUUUUUCAUCCUAUUGAAAUUUUUUCACUUAUAUCGAUCAUAUCAGGUCAUUGUAGCA